AUGGAAGAAGAAAGUCUGGGAGAAGCUCUCGCUGUAGUUCUGAUAAAUUUUGAUGCAUGUGAUAUGGAGGGCUACGUGGAAACUAUAAAUGCGCUUGAGGGUCUCGGUUCCUAUACUUACCACCCAAGAAAGCUUGAUCUUGAUCUCGCAAAUAGAACUACUCCACUAGCUAAGCCUUCUAUUAUCGAACCACCAAAGCUUGAGCUUAAGCAGCUCCCAGCGCACUUGAGGUAUGAGUUCCUUGGUCCGAACAAGACAUUGCCAGUGAUCAUUUCAGCAUUAUUGACUGAGGAACAGAUUGAGCGCAUCUGUGAGCAUAAAAUUCAGCUAGAAGAGGACAGCAAGCCGAGUGUUGAGCAUCAGCGGAGAUUAAACCAGAACAUACAAGAGGUCGUGAAAAAUGAGAUCAUAAAGUGGUUAGAUGCUGGGGUAGUGUAUCCGAUUACAUACAGCAAGUGGGUAAGUCCUGUUCAAUGUGUACCAAAGAAAGGAGGCAUCACCGUGGUGCCUAAUGCAAAGAAUGAGUUGAUUCCCACUCGUACAGUUACUGGAUGGCGUGUUUGCAUGGACUAUAGGAAGCUGAAUACUGCCACUUGUAAAGACCAUUUUCCCAUGCCAUUCAUUGAUCAGAGGCUGGAUAGGCUGGCUGGGAGCCGAAUGCUCUUUGGGUUGUGUAUUGCACCAGCCACUUUUCAGAUGUGCAUGAUGUCGACCUUUUCUGACAUGGUAGUGGACUUCUUAGAGGUAUUUAUGAAUGAUUUCUCUGUUGUUGGUGAUUCGUUUGAUGAUUAUCUUGAGCAUCUGUGCCAAAAGGCGUUCUAUGAAUUAAAGGAGCGCCUCACUACUGCUCUUGUGAUUGUUACUCCGGAUUGGUCCUUACCUUUUGAGCUAAUGUGUGAUGCUAGUGGGUUUGUAAUAGGUGCUAUGCUUGGUCAGAGGCACAAUAAAAUUAUGCACUCGAUCUACUAUGCUAGUAGUACACUUAAUGCGGCGCAGAUAAACUACACGGUGAUCGAGCAAGAACUGCUUGCAAUAGUUUAUGCUUUUGAGAAGUUUCGGUCCUAUUUGCUGGGUUCCAAGGUUAUGGCGUACACUGACCAUUCUGCGUUGAGGUAUUUGAUGGCAAAGAAGGAAGCUAAGCCGCGACUGAUUCGUUGGGUCCUUCUGUUACAAGAGUUUGAUUUCGAAGUAAAAGAUCAAAAGUGGAUCCAAAAUCAAGUCGCAGAUCAUCUCUCUAGGCUUGAAGAAACUGGGGUGCCAGUAGAAGAACUUGACAUUGAAGAUGCAUUUACAGAUGAGCAAGUUUUGGCGGUGUCUAUCAUUCCCGAUGAGAUAAAAUCGUAUAAGAAGAAGACGUUUUCGCGGGAUGUUCGUCAGUACUAUUGGGAUGAACCAUACUUAUUUAGAACUUGCGCUGAUAAUGUUAUUCGGUGUUGUGUCCCAGAGAGUGAGGUAUUGGAGAUUCUGAAGGCUUGCCACGACUCUCCAGUUGGGGGACAUCAUAGUGGUACGAGGACUGCUGCAAAGGUCCUCGAAUGUGGUUAUUAUUGGCCUACUCUUUCAUGA